AUGGCUUCUUUUGCAGAGCUGGAGGAGGAGAUUGCCACACUUGAGCUUGAGAUUAUGCACUUGGAACGCCAUCUUCUUUCACUAUAUAGAACAGCUUUCCAAGGAUGUGCCUUGCCAAGUACCCCUGACAGCCAUGUACAACCUAUGACACGAUCACGGUCAAAAUUUGUACAGAAGCAACCACGUUCCAAUUUGGAGUUGCAAAUGCACAGAGGUCGACCGGUCCAGCAUGACCAAACUUCCCCUGCAUAUAUUCAGUUCCACUCAGAUCAUCACAGCAGUGCCACUAGCAUAAAAGCAACACCUAAAAGGGACCAGAAAGUUGCUGAUUCUCGUCAUCGCAGUCGCAGCCUUGGGGAUCAUCUUGGUGCUUCUCGCAUUGAUAGUUCCCUGAAUACUCCGGAUAGAGUAUCUGAAGAUAUUAUAAGAUGCAUCUCUUCUAUAUACUGCAAACUUGCCGCCCCUCAAGCUCAGGCAGCACUAUCAUCUUCUCCUACUUCAUCUUUGUUUUCCUCAAGUAUAUUUUCUUCGAAGAAUCCGUGUGAAAGUUCGAGUCCACAUUUCAGUGAUGAUUCUACAACAGAUCAUGAAGGGUUCAAAGAUAAUAAUGGACCAUACACUACCAUGAUAGAGGUGUUGAAGAUAUGCUUAGAUGAUGAAAGCUUUAAUUAUGCUGCUCUAAUGCUACAAAAUUUCAGGUUAUUGGUUCGAAGUCUUGAGAAGGUUGAUGUUCUGAAGAUGAAGCGUGAGGAGAAGCUUGCAUUCUGGAUUAAUAUUCACAAUGCCUUGGUGAUGCAUGCAUUCUUGGCAUACGGAACACAUAAUCUUGCCAAAAGUACUUCAAUUGUGAAGGCAGCCUACAACAUAGGAGGACAUUCCAUAAAUGCGUAUGUCAUACAGAGCUCCAUUUUAGGAAUUCGAGCACAUCAUACAGCACCAUGGCUACAAUCUUUGCUGAAUUCAGGAAAGAAGUUCAAGAGGGGGAGCAUGAAGCACACCUACGCCCUAGAAUACCCUGAGCCACUGGUCCACUUUGCUCUAUGUUCCGGGGCUUACUCUGACCCAGCGGUUCGAGCAUACACCGCAAGGAGUAUAUUCCAGGAUCUGAAACUUGCUAGAAGAGAAUUUAUUCAAGCCAGUGUCUACACAGAUAAUGAUACAAAGGUUUACCUCCCAAAAAUUCUGGAGUACUUUGCAAAGGACAUGUCACUAAGCAUCCAUGGACUCUUGGAAGAAAUAGAGGAUUGUCUCUCAGAAAUUCAAAAGAAAGCUAUCUGCAGCUGUAUGAAGGGGAGGCUUGACAAGUCUGUACAUUGGCAACCUCAAAGCUCAACUUUUCGGUAUGUCAUCCAUGAGGAAUUAGCCACAGUAAGAAUAGCAUCUGAAUAAUUACAUUUGUGGUUAUGGAAAGCCUUUUUGUUUCUGUGCAAAGUUUCCCAAUCUUAGAAUCGAGCUAUGAUACUAGUACAUGAAAGUAUAUACGCAUUGAAUUACUUGUACAAUCAACUGA